ACUGAGCAUCUCCAUCUGAGACAGAGAGAGAGAGAGAGACUGACUAUUAGAGCUCUGAGUCGAUCACUUCAGCUCCACUGAUCAGCUCCACUGAUGCCCCCUGCACCGACUGACACGAAGACAGCGGAUAUCCAGAGCGCCCCGGUGCCGCGCAUGCAGCCCGGACCCGCGCCCGACUUCCUCCCGAGCUCCUCCAGCGCCUUCCUGACCGGCCUGGGGCUCGGGGGGCUCGGGGUAGCGGCCACCAUCUCCAAAGCGGGACUGGGAGUGCAGAGACUAGCCGCGGCGCAGCUCAUAAAGCGGCGGGAGAAGAAGGCGAGGGCGGCGGAGGAGAGGAGCCAGACGGCGGCGGUGCUGCGCGCUCGGGAGGCUCUGAGCUCCGGGCCGAAGCCGCAGAACUGCAGGAGGUUGGUGGUGCUCGGGGCGCCGCGCGUCGGGAAGACGGCCAUCCUGCGGCGCUUCCUGCGGGACGGUUUCGAAGAGCACUACGAGCCCACGCGAGAGGACUUCCACCGCAAAGUGUACAGCAUCCGCGGGGAGACUUACCAGGUAGACAUCCUGGACGCAGCCGGAGAGAGAGACUUCCCCGCCAAGCGCAGACUCUCCAUCCUCACCGGCGAUAUCUUCCUGCUUGUGUUCAGCGUGGACGAUCGCAGCUCGUUUGAUGAAGUGUGUGCUCUGCGCUCGGAGAUCUCAGCAGCCAAGGCAGCGCUGUUGCGCUCGAAGGCGCGUGUGAGCAGCGUGCCCGUGGUGGUGUGCGCGAACAAGAUGGACCUGCCAGUGGAGCAGCAUGCGGUGUCUCGAACAGAGGCCCUGCACGCCUUCAAAGACGGCUGCGCGCUCUAUGAGACGUCUGCCAAAGACAGCAAAAACCUGGAGGAGGCGUUUGCGGCGCUGGCGGAGCGAGGCGGACUCCCGCUCGAGACUGGGCCCUCUCGCCACCGCAAGCUCUCCAUCCGCUCGUACCACGCCAUCCUGCGCGUGGCGCGUCAACGUGCUGGCGACACGCCGUGCGGCGCGGUACACCCGCUCGCACGCAGACCCAGCUUCGGAACAGACUUGCAGCUCGCACUCGCCUCACGUGAGGAACAAACUCAGAGCUUGAAGCUGAGCAAAGCGAUGACACAUCCGGCCUGCCCCAUCCAGUGAUCCCUCCGUUUCUUUCAUUUCAGGAAACUCUUUUCUAUUCGAAAUCCACAUAACUUUCCAUGACAGCGUUACACACUAACAUGGACAAGUUUUAUUCUCAUGAACGAUUCUGUCUUUUCUGUAGCGUCCUCAGAAUCCUAACCGCUCCAUCAUCUUCCUUUUCAUUUUCUUUUUCACGUACAUUUUUAUCCCAGCUUACUGUAAGUGUUGCUUUUAAAAGGUGUCAGGUUGAAUAUAGCAUGUGGCUGUAUAUAGAUAUAAAUAUAUAGACAAGACUGUAUAUUACAAAUGAUAAAACAUAUGAUCAAAUAUUACACAUUUGUAAUAAAAACCA